AUGUCUCCUAAACCCCCCGACGAGAAAGAAACGGCCGACGCCGACGCCUCGAGCAAGCCCUCCACCCCAAAGAACGAAAACAAUGCGCCGUCAACUCCCCGCAAGGCUGCAGCGGCCGGUGCCGCCGCCGCCGCCGCCGCUCCGACGACACCGAAGAGCGCCCCGGCCCGCCCCCGCGCCAACACGACGAAGAAGCCGCCGGAGCCGCCGACACUUCUUGCCGACUUUCUCAGAGGGCGCCCGUCGCCGCAGAGGCUUGCGGCCGAGCGCAAGCGCAGGAUGAGUCUGGACGCCGUCAAGGCCGAGAUGAGAGCGGAGAUGCGUCAGGCGGCCGUGGCCAAGGUACAGCAGCCCGGCGGCGUCAGGGACCGGGUGAACAAAUGGCAAAAGGCGAACGCCGCCGCCAUGGCAUCAGGCGACCCCAUGGCCACCCCGAGCGAGCCCACAGAGAUCGCCUUCCCGAGCGAGACGGAGAGCGUCACGGAGGAGGAUCGCGUGCGAAUUAAGCUGCGGCAGAAGCGACGGUCAGCGCCAAAGAUUGAGGUCCACAACGAUGCGGCCGAAGAAAAGGAGGAGAGCGUGGAGGACCUCCCUAGCGGAGCAAAGGCACCCCCCAAGAAGCGGGUGGUCAGCGACGACCAUUGGAUGGCCAAGAAGAACAAGAAAAGCCCGCAACCCAAGAAAGACGCGAGCCCAAGCCCAAUACCAAAGGAUUUCGUGCAAAAAACACCAAUACAGGCACCGGUCGCCAGAAAGAUUCAGGACUGGGCCAUGAAGGUCGAGCUGCCGGAUCCGCCGUCGGUCAAACACAGGGCGUCCAAGUCGACGGGCUCGUUGGACGGCGGCAAGAUUCAGGAAAGACUUCGAGAGCUUCAGGAGAGGCAGGCGACGCCCAAGAAGCCAAAGGCAGACACCGACGGGAUCCGGGUUACGCCAAUACGGAAGAAGCUGGAAGAUGACGGCAUCCGGGUCAGACCGCUCAAGACGCCGUCGGAGGGGUCAGGAGCGCAGACGCCAAAGCCCACAAAGUCGAGAGAUCGCAGCCGCGGGGCGAGCUCGCGGAACGGGUCGGAUCACAUCGUGGUGGUUGAAGAGGAUGACGAAACGGAUAUGAUCCAGGUAAUCGAGGAGCUUGAAAGUCACCUUCGGACGCCGACAAGGAAACCGUCAAAGUCGAGAAAGACCAGCCACAAGAAGAAGCCGCCGCCAGCGUCCGAAAAGUCGUGGGUCAGCACCUCAGACUCUGCAAUCAAGCCGGGCCAGGACGAGUCGGAUCUUGCGCCGACGUCGGUCACGAGCGCACCGGGCGCGAAGCCGCUCGAGGAUAUCCCCUUUGGUUUCUCUGCGUUCAGCGAGCUGGACCUCCCGCUGGAGCGCGGCAAGACGAGGAAGAAGGCGCAGCGCAACAACAGCUUCAAGGCGGCAGACGUGCUGAAGAAGGUGGUCAACGAGGGCAAGAAGAUUCUGCACGACGCCGUCGAGCCCCCAAAACAGCCCGUCGCGAACCAGCCACCGAGUAUCGAGAAGUGGCUCAACGGGACGGUGGACCCGUUUGUGGACCAGCCCAAGGAGGAGCCCAAGAAAGCGUCCGAGAAGAAGCCUGAAGAGCAUCCCGAAAGUCGCAAACGGUCGGCCGAGCCGAAGAGGAGGUCAUCGGCCCAGACCAAGACUGAGCUCUCCGAGGCGACCGACCUUACCCAGACGACACAGACGACCGACACCACGCAGACGACGGAGACGACGCAGACAACAGACUCCACACAGACGUAUACAGAACUAUCUACCGAACUAUCGACCGAUCUAUCAACCGACCUCUCGACCGACCUGUCGACAGACUUGACUGCGUCGACGGAGAACGACGAGAACGUGGCCCCGACGGAGGGAAAGACGAAGGACAGCAAGCUCAAGGCGACGCCGACAUCCGCAGGGCUGCGGAGGAGGGUCGCCACAAGGGGAUCGAUUUCCCCCGUCAAGUCGGUGAAGAAGCCGUUCCGUGAGAUUCUGAAGGAAGCUUUCAGGGGAGAGUCAAGCGGCCACCAGACUCCCCCAACCAAGUACAUUAGCGAGGAGGAGAGACCCCAAGCCCAGGAGGAGCCCGACGAUUACGACGACGACGAGGAUGACUGGAGAACCCAACGCCGACGCUCCUCCGGCUCCGGCCGAUCAUACAGCGAACGCACGUACUCGGACGAGUCUUCGUACCGGGAGGACAGGUCGCCCACGCCACGACGGAAGCCGCCAACGACUGGCGUGCACGAAUUGUCCACCAUCCUCGGCUCUGCGGACACGUACAGCAACUACGAAUCCGACAUGACCUCCCAGCUAUCAGAAACUACCGUGACGCAGGGCACCGCGACAGACCUCACGCGGAGGAGUAGCAGCAGGUCAGGUCUCAAGAGGAGACUCACAAAGCAUUCCGAUCUCGUGUCGGUCCUGUCUCUGCCUGACGAUAGCCAAGUGCCCGGCAGCUACAAGAGCGUCAGGUCGCGGCCGAGCGUCAGGAAAGCCGCCAACCGCCAGAACACAGUCACCAACAACGAUCUGCUCAAGGAGUUCAUCGACGACGAGAACUUGUACCAGAGGGAGCUCAAGACGCUGGUGGACGGUGUGAUUCCCGUCCUGCUCUCGACCGUCCUCAACGACUCGGGCAGCACCGUCGGCCUCUUUGGCCCGGAAUCGCCCAGCCGCAAGGCGAACAACAUGUCAAAGUCGGUCGUCAAUAUGGGUGUCGCUCUGGAGAAGCUCAAAACCGCCCACAAGCGGGCGUCCCACACGGACAUCAACCGCCUGAUCUCGUGGCUGCAGGCAACCUCGCCCAUCUACGACAGCUACCUGGACUCGUGGCGACUGGGCUUCCAGGAUUUGAUCGUCAACCUGGCCCCCGCCGCCGAUCGCCUCGACGACGAGGAUUCUCUCAUCAAUGCGCUCCCGCGCAACGCCGACGGCGACGUCGUUAACGAAGACGGAGAACGAGUCGACGUUGCGCACCUGCUGAAGCGCCCCCUUCUUCGCGUGCGGACUUUGGCGAAGUUGACAAAGGGCCUCCACGCCGCCUUCGGCUCGUAUGACACUCUCGCGCUGGUGGGCGACUAUGACGCGCUGCAAGACAAGGUCCGCCGCCGGCACAAGGAAGAGUCGGCCCGCCUGGCGGACGAGGAUGCCAUCAACACGGACACGACCAGGAUCCGCGACCUCCGCACCCUCGCACCCAUGGAGUCAAUCAAGAUCGAUCCCAAGCGGCAAGUCAACGCCAAGGACCUCUUCUCCCUCAGCCUGACGCACUCCAACGGCCAGCGACUCGAGUGCCAGGUUGAGCUCGUGCACCGCGAUCUCCCGGGUGCCCACAACGACAAGGGCGACCUCCUCAUCCGCGAGACCGGGUCGGGCCGCCGCACGUGGCUCCUCUUCCCCCCGAUGCCCAUGACGGUGAUCUCUGCGCGGCGGGGCGACGCACGAUUCGAGCUCGUCUUGAUGGUCCAGGGCACCCACAACGGCAGGCAGUGGUACGAGCUGCUCAGUCUCGUCACCGACAACGACGACCAGGUGGCGGACUGGCUCGGCAUCGUCGGAACCACGCCCGUGCCGCCAAAGGAGCGCCUCCCCGCUGUGGAAGAAGCCCCAGAGUCCCCAACCCGGAUGGACGUUCCAGUUGGUGGCCAGCUGUACGGUCGUGACUCCCCCGAGCCUCUCACGCCGAAACGGACAACUCCCAGCCGCCACCACAACCGAAGCACGCCCCCGCGCAGCCCGUCCCCCGAGCGAACGCCCACCCAAGAGUCCUACGAGGACCACAGGCAGAGGGCGCCCAACAGCACCCCCUACCGCGAAGACGGCGCCCCGCCGCCCCCGAUCCAUCGCUCGCUCAGUCCCAAGUCGCAGCAGCUGCUGCCCCCGGUCGACCUCCAGACUCCUCGCAUGAAGCGACGCGGCUCGUCGCCCCUGAAGCACGAGUACCUGCCGUCGGAAGAGUCGUCCGACACGGCUGAUUCAUUCACCGAGACGUCCGAGAGCGAGACGGAAUCAGACUGGGAGUCGUCCGAGGACGAGUUCGACGACGACAUUCCCGAGACCGAGAUCGGCUUCAGCAUUAGGGAGCCAGAGCCGCACCAGGAGGUUGAGCGUGAGCGUCCGGCGCCCAAGCCUUACCAUCUGGACAGAGAGCCCGAGCCGUACGAGGAGGCUGAGGAGGAGCAAUACCAGGAGGAGCCCGAGUCGGAACUGGGGCCGCUCCCUCGCACAUUCAACGACAACUUUGCCCAAGAGUCCAUGGUCUCCUCCGUGUGCAGCCUCACGCCGUCCAACUCCGCCUCCCAGGCCGGCCUUCACGGCCGCAAGACGUCCGAAAGCUACUCCAAGUACAUUGCGUCCAUCUCGUACUGGAACGAAAAGAAGGGCCAGUGGAGGGACAUCUCCGUCGAGCCCUGCUCCAUCCAGGUCGCGGCCGGCGUCAUCGAGGCCUUCUCCCUGGUCAUCAGCCCCGGCGGCAACCCCGACCUGCCUCUCCUCUCGCUCGAGCUCACCCCCCUCGUGCUCCUCCGCCAGUCCACCGUCGUCGAUCUCGAGAUUCGCUCGGCUGUCAAGGACAACUGCAAGAACAAGAGCAUCGGCGGCGGCAACUUCCGCUUCCGCUGCCCGUCCAGCACGGAAUGCUUCAACCUCUACAUGGCCGUCCACCACGCGCGCCUCAACAACCAGAAGUUCAUCCAGCUCGAGAACGAGGCGCGCUACAAGUCGUUUGGCGAGCGGCCGUCCGAGGAAAGCGAAGACACGAGCAGCCGCCGCCGCAACUGGUUCGGACGAAAGAACAGCUACCGCGCGUCGACCCGCGCCCCGUCCCAGUCCCAAGACGGCAGCACGCCCUCCUCGAGCCUCUCGGCCUCCAGCUUCCUCAAACGCCUCACCGGCACCGGCACGUUCAACAUUGCCAGGUCGUCCAUCGACAAGCAGCACGCCUUCUCCGGCAACAACAGCCUCUACACGUCCGACUCCUCCUCGUACGGCUACCCCCGCUCGCCGUCCAUCAGCAUGUACUCGUCCUCCGGCCGCAGCCCCCCGUCGUCCGACAACAUGAAGAUCCGCCUGCACCUGCUCGUCACCUCGACCAAGUGGGAGGACUACGGCAACUGCAUCCUGCAGGUCCGCCGCCCGCCCCCCGGCUGGCACCAGGACCUCCGCGCCAACCACGGCCUCGAGAAGCGCGUCACCGUCACGACGAUGCCCAAGAAGGACAAGCCCCGCAUCGUGCUCGACGCCGUCCUCGGCAGCGGCUGCUUCACCCCCAUGGGCAGCAGAGGCAUCGUGUGCGGCAUCUGGGAGGAGCUCCGCGACGAGCGCGGCGAGAUCGGCGUCGCUCCAAAGACCGGCGGCGCCUCCGGCUCCGUGAAGAAGUGGUGCUUCCAGUGCGCCAGCGUGUCGGAAGCCUCGUGGGUGCUCAGGCUCGUCCACCAGGAGGUGGAGCUGCGAGACUAA